GGAAACUCGUGGGGGCCUCGGCGGGCCCGUCCGUCAGCGUUCGGACAGGACUCUGGCGAGUCGCGCGAUACCUGGCGCUUCGCGUUCGCCAAGCGCUGCAGGAGGAUUUUUCCCGGACAGGGAAUAAUCGACGACGACGACGGCAGCGGAAAAAAUCGCGGGUGACGACGGAAGAGGGAAGAGGAAAGGAGAUCGUUUCCUCGCGCGCGACGAGUGCGUCCUGUUGCGAGGAGUGCGAGUCUCUUCUCGGGCGCGAGGAUCGAAGACCGGCAUGGACAGGAGGCAGCAGCGUCGUCAUCAGCGUCGUGACUCGACCAGCUUCCAAGGUUGAAGGCCCAGCGCGAAUACACAGCCGAUUAAUUCACGGGGAUUUAUCCGGUCGUCUCUAUGAUCUCUGCGCAGUCACCGGAAAAUAUGGGCUCGGAAGCCUGGGAGCUGGAAAGAAGAUACUCGGUGCCAGGAGCUCUGGACACCAGGGGACUGGAGCCGCCGGCCAGCGAGGAUUUGCACGCAUGGUCGAUUUACAGGCAAAAUCUGAACUCGGAUUUCACGGACUCCGCGCUCGGGUCGGCCGAGAAGUCGCCGCUGCCUUACGGGAAUUUCCAACUUCGCGACUCCACGGUGCAGAGCAUUCUGCGACAUCCGCGAUACGGGCCCAAGAGCCCGCUUGCCAACAAUUCCUACACUUACUUGAAAUUCGGCCUGCCGCGCGUCCUGCCACCCACCUCGCGGAAUCGCGACGGCUCCAGCGGCUACGAUUCCAGCGAGGAAGGGCGACGCGUGUCGCACGCAGGUGUUCCAGUGCAUUCGGCGUCAGUUAUGCGCUCAGCCAGAAGUGAUCCGGACUUUAGGCACGUUCAUGCGGUCCCGAGGGAGCAAACGCACUCUCAAUUAACUGUCGCGAGGGAUCAUCCGAGACUGAGGAGCGCCAGCGAGGCCAAUCUUUUGCAGAGCGCGGUCAGGACCAAUCGGCGGCACAGCAUCGCGCCGAUCGAUCCUGGAUACAUAACUCAUGGGCACCCAGGUAUCCUGGGACCGGAGAGUUACACGCUGCCAUUGAGACCCGUGCCGUGUCUGCAGCAUCCUCACCUGCAGCUGCGGGGCGUGGAGGCUUCAGGCUCGGACAGGCUGCCGCUUCUUCGAGGAAUCACCCUCGAGGCUGGUGCCGCCGAGGUGCUGGCCAUCAUGGCCACUACCGAGAAGGAAGGCACGCAGAUCGUCGAGACAAUCGCGGGCAGGAGGCGUAUAAAGAGGGGCGAUAUUCUGCUCAAUGGAAGAUCGGUAUCAGCGCGUACUCUCAGAUCCCGCGUCGCUUACCUGCCAUCAGAGAGCGGUUUGAGUCCCGGGCUGACGGCUCAGCAGACUCUCAGUUUCUACAUGUUGCUGAGAGGCGGUCGCAACACCACCGCGCUCGAAGCCGAGGCUGUCCUGCAGGAGCUCGGCUUGGAGGCGACCAAGCACUGUCUGGUGAAUACCCUGACGACCUCCGAGGCCCGACGACUGGCCUUAGCCUGUCGGCUGCUGCAAGAUUCGCACGUCCUCGCCCUGGACAGGCCUACGCACGGCCUGGACAUCUUCGACGCCUUCUUCCUGGUCGAGUACCUGAGGCAGUGGGCCAGCCGCGGUCAACGGCUCGUCGUCCUGACCCUGCAUCCGCCCACGUACGAGAUCCUGACGAUGGUGUCGAGGGUCGCGCUCACCUCCGGCGGCCGGAUCAUGUAUUCCGGGCUCAGGAGAGACAUGCUGCCAUAUUUCGCGCUCGCCGAGUUCCCCUGUCCUCCCUUCAAGAAUCCGUCCGAUUACUAUCUCGAUUUAGUGACGCUGGAUGACUUAUCGGCGGAAGCGAUGCUGGAGUCUUCGCAGAGGAUAGAUCAUCUCGCAGAAUUGGCCAGGACGAGGCUGCCUCCGCUCAGCGAUCCUGGUCCACCAGGAGCGCUUCCACCCUCGAGAUCUGGUCCCAACAUAUUCCUGCAGAUUUAUGCGCUAUUGUUGCGAACGCUUAUUUACAGUCAACCGUGGACGUUGACGCGGCUACUGCGAAAAAUCAUAAUCUCCGCGUCGCUCAGUAUUUUACUCGGUGCAAUAUUUUGGGACGUUGCUAACGAGUCGAACCUAUAUCUGAGAGAUAGAAUAGGUUUUCAUUACGCUAUUUUGGGCAUCUUCUUCUGGCCCCUAAGCCUCCUGGCGAUGUGCGAUGUAGCCAACAGCAGGCCGAACGUAGAGAGGGACAUCAGGGAUGGAUUGUACGGCAGAUUUAUCUACAUCCUCAUAGAACUCGUCUGCAACGUAUCAUCCUGGUGCGUAAUUUACCUGAUAUACCUGGCGCCGGCGUUCGCCAUGUCGGGGCUGCACCUGGUGCCGGACGAGAACCUGACGUCGCUCUGGAACUACCUCGCCGUCGGUCUGCUGUACCUGAUGCUGCAGCAUCUCGUCUGCAUCUUCUUCGCGCACGUGUGCAAGUCUACGUAUCUGGCAGCGCUGCUCGCUGGCGUGGUGGUGGGCGAGAUGAGCCUGGCCGGGGGUGUCACCCUGCAUCUGAACAACCUGCCAUCGUGGUAUUCGCGGAUCAGCAUGAUGCAGUGGUCGUUGUCGCUGCUGCUGUCGCGUCUGCACACAAGCGAGAGCAUGAGCAAGCUGACCAACUGCAGACCCAAGCAGAUCCAGCGGCAGGACAUCAUCAUCCAGGCGGCGUGCGAGCCUCCCGAUGGAGCUCUAGCCCUCCACGAGGUUGCUCUUGACUCGCGGAACGUGCGCGGCGAGGGCUUGUGGCUGGGCACCGGCGUGGCUGUCACGGCUGUUCUCAUCGUUCUGGGUUUCCUGUGCGUCAAAUACGCGACGCCGAAGAGGCCCAGAAGCGCCCCGAACAAACCCUGAUUCCAAAAUUACGCGAGAGGAAUCUCAUAAAGUAUCGGAGAGGAAUCUCAUAAAGAGAUGGGACUAGAUAAUUCACGAGUUGCGAAGAUGAUUUAAGCAGACUUUCACUCUUUAUUUCGUAAAGCUGUUCUCGUGUGGAAGUCAGUCUUUUCUAGAAUCUCUCUUAAAGAUUGAAGAUCACGUAUCAGAGAUACAAGCGCGAUGAUUUCCUUGGAUUACGACAACGAGAACGUCUUAAAUUCGAUGCUUGCUCUCUGAGAUAGCGUUUUAUUAAUUCAGUGUGCCAAAUGGCUAAAUAAUAUUUCUGUGGAAACUGAUAUUUUUUUAAAUAUUUCUUUUCUUGAAUAUUAUUUUCGGUACUUGUAGUUAAUUUAUUUCGUUUGUGAAAAAUUUGUAUUUUUUCGAAGCGUAUUCCUGAACAAUUUUUUUUCAUAAUGGAAUAUUUAAAGUCUCUCGAUGAAUACCGUUAUCUGGGUUUCCCGUUCAUUAAACUUUAAUGACAUAAAUUUUAAAUUAAUAAAUAGUGCUUUUCUCUCUUUCUCUUCCUCGAUAUAAUCUACAUACUUUGUAAAGUUUCUUCAAUGUCUACUCCGUUGCGAUUCUUUAAAGAAAUAAGCUUUAGGGACUCGCAGAGUAGACUCGCGGGCGUAUAUGAAGUACAAAAUAUAACGAGACAU